AUGAAGGCUGCCGUUUUGCGAGAGGUUAACGUGCCCCUGGAAGUUGAAGAGGUGCAGGUGGACGCUCCGGGCCCGCGCGAGGUGCUGAUCCGCACCGGGGCCAGCGGCGUGUGCCACAGCGACCUUCAUUACGUUGAGGGCAGCUACUCCAUUCCGAAGCCGGCGAUAUUGGGCCACGAGGCCGCCGGUAUAGUUGAGGCGGUGGGCGAGCAGGUCUAUUACCUGAAACCGGGGGACACGGUGAUAAUGUGCCUUUCCGUGUUUUGCGGACACUGCGAGUUCUGCCUGCGAGGGCAGCCGGUACUGUGUACCCGCACCGACGUGGUGCGCGGAGCCGACCAGGCGCCAAGAUUGAGGCAGGACGGCCAGGCCAUAACCCAGAUGGCGCAGCUUGGAUCCUACGCCGAGCAGAUGCUGGUCCACGAGAAUGCCUGCGUCAAGGUUCGGGAGGACGUGCCGAUGGACCGGCUGGCCCUGAUUGGCUGCGGGGCGACCACGGGUAUUGGCGCUGUGCUGAACACGGCACAGGUGGAGCCGGGGAGCACGGUUUGCGUCGUGGGUUGCGGCGGCGUUGGCCUUAAUUGUAUCCAGGGUGCGGCGUUGGCGGGAGCGUUGCGGAUCAUUGCCGUGGACACGGUGGAGACGAAGCUGACGAUGGCCCGGGAGUUCGGAGCGACGGACGUUAUCGACGCCUCCAGCGGGGAUGUGGUGGAGAAGAUUCGGGACCUGACCGACGACGGGGUGGACUACUCCUUUGAGGCCAUUGGCCUGAAGCAGACGGCCGAGCAGUGUUACCAGAUGCUGCGUCCGGGCGGCACCGCCACGGUCAUUGGCAUGAUUCCCGAGGGUACGAUGAUCGAGAUUGACGCCGGCGGGUUCCUGCGGCGGGAGCGGAAGCUGCAAGGGAGCAGCAUGGGAUCCAACCGGUUCCGCACCGACAUGCCGCGCUACGUGGAAUUUUACCUGCAGGGGCGGUUGAAGCUGGACGAGUUGGUCUCGCAGCACAUGAAGCUGGAACAGAUUAACGAGGCGUUCGCCGAUAUGAAGGGUGGUAACGUGGCCCGCAGCGUGAUUUUGUUUGACUGA